AUGUCUCGAUACUCUCCAAUUGCGCCAUCCUCCCUCACUGCCGACCAGCAUAAAGCUUACGACGAAGCGUCGGAGAUUUGUUCGAGCGUAUUCGGCGACAAAUUCCUCUACAAAAAUGAAGAUGGUGCCUUUAUAGGUCCAUUUGCUCCUCUGCUCUUCACACCCACCCUCGUCGAUCCAUUCUUCAAGCUCGUCGUUGAGCUAGGGAAGCUCCCAGGUCUGGCGGGUUCAGCACGAGAAGUCGCCAUUUUAGCGACGGGAAGCAGAUUCCAAUCCAAGUACGAACUGUAUGCACAUGAACGGGUUGCCGCCUUUACAAGCCUCACGGCGGCUCAGAUCGGAAGUGUGAAGAGUGGGAAGAAGCCUUUUGGAGACAAUGCUCUUGAUGAGCAAGGAAACGUUGCCUUUGACGUGGCUAUAGAGCUUUCACAUAAGCAGGGUCCGAUGACCGAAGCUAAUUGGAAGCGGGCAGAGCACGCUUUUGGGAAGGAAGGUACGGCAGCGCUGAUACAAUAUGUUGGUCUCGAGAUUGGCAUGCCUACGUCGAGCAAAGAUCUUUGGGCAGCCGCCCUAGAGAAGUUGACCAAAAGCGAUCGCCAACAGCUCGCUUUCUAUGAUGGCCAAGAUAGGCUGGACAUCCUUUCAGACCUCCAGGUGCUCACAGAGAGCGCCAAAGAGCAAUGCAUCAACAAAAGAUGGCAGUUCAGUAGGCGUAGUCGUAAUGGUGAGAACAUAGUUUUGCGGGAUAUUUUCAACAAGAUGGUUAUCUGGAUCAACAUGUCCAAACAGAUUGGAGAUACUGUCGUGCAAUAUGACCCUGGACAUGCUGCGCUUCCUUGGGCGGGGGUUCGCUUCAUCUUACAGGUUGCUGUUGGUGACAUUGUCAAGUUUGACUUUGUCGUCGAAGGCGCGGAAUCAAUCUCACGAAUGAUAGGGCGAUAUGCGAUCUUUGAGGACACCUAUUUACGUCCUAGAAGCUUCUUCGAUCAGAGCUCGCCGAAACGCAUAUUCAGGAGUGUCUUCGUCACGGAAGACGAAUUUGCAAGUAUUGCCAGAAAAAUGGACCUUGAGCAGUCCAACGUGGAUCGUUGGGCUGCUAUCUUGGAUGGAGAAAAUCAAAACAAUUUCAGCAACUCUCUCGAGGCACUCUCAGUCGGUCAUUCCGAGAGGCAUGCAGAGCUUAUGGAGCUCGUCCGUACCAUCGAUGGACCCAUAAUUCGAAUGAGUAGCCAGCUCAAUGGCGUCGAAGACCAUUUGGACAACUCUAAGCGCUACGAGAUCUUGCGGUUCGAGGCUGGAAACAGCCCACCCCCAGUCUACUUCUAUUGCUCCCGAAAUGCCGCUGAACCCGAACGAUACGAUCCAGCUGCCAUAAUUUCCAGCGUCGUCAGACAACUUUCGUGCGCAGAGCCUGGACUUCCGCUUUUGCCUCCAGUCAUCGAGAAGUACGAGAGGAAAGGUCAAGGAUUCAGCUCUCGGGGUCUUCAAAUAGAAGAGAGCUGUGAACUCAUUACCAAUUUGGUAAAACUUUAUUCCAUGACAACCAUUGUCAUCGACGCUCUCGACGAAUGUGAUCCCGAAAAGCGGGAGAUGCUCCUAGACGGGAUCGAAAGUCUGCUGCAGAACUCUUCGCUUGGGCUAGUGAAAGUGUUUCUAUCGAGUCGUGACGACCAAGAUAUCGUAUGCACGCUUCGGGACUAUCCACAUCUUGAUCUUGUUUCCAGCAGAAACUCAGGGGAUAUCGAGGUCUUUGUCAGGGAAGAAACCGACAAACUAAUCAAAAAGCGACGUUUGUUGCGCAACAGCCACGCCAAGGAGGCACUGAAAGUUUUGAUUAUUGAUGCAGUUAGUAGAGGCGCUGAUGGCAUGUUCAGAUGGGCGAGUCUGCAAUUGGAAAUGCUUUGCACCAUGAAACUAGAUCAAGAUGUCCGAGCAAGAUUGGGGCGACUACCACCCAAACUGGAGCAACUUUACCUGGAGGCCUACGAGAAUAAUCUGCUGAAGUACCCAGGCGAGGUCGGCCAGUCUAUCAUCAGCAACAUAAUGAAAUGGUUGCUCUGUGCGCAAAGGCAAAUGAAAUCCUCGGAAUUUUGCACUGCUGUAGCAAUGUAUACUGUUCCCACUGAAGAGCUUACAAAGGAACAUGUCCUCGACCUUUGUCAUAACUUCGUUGGGUCGACAACGGUUUUUGGAUGUAUUUAG